AUGGCAGAAUCGAGGGAUUCAAGAGACGAUAGCUCGCCCAGACUGGACCGAUCUUAUGAGAGAAGUGAACGGCAUAGGCACAAAGCCUUUCACAGUGCAAUGGACGAAAAACACCACACCAGCCCUCAGCCUUUCAGAGGAUAUCAGGAAAAGUCUGAGUACGAGGAAAGGCCCUCUGAAGAGUACACAUACACCCCAGGAAAAGACUAUAGGUACUCUCGAAGCGAGGACUACCAGGGCCUGCAAUACGACAGGCCGUCCUCUGCAGACAUGUCUCCGCGCACCUCGCAGUCUCCGCACAUGCUCAAGGAAAACACCACGCGAGAGGGAGGCAGAAUGUACGCCCAGCCAUUCACAGGGAGGCAAUUCAGGAGCAAUAGUGUCUCCGGGGGGUCUCUUCUGUCGCUUGGCCAGGAGAUGGAAAGAGAAAAAAUAGUCGGCUUCCACUCGCCGCACACUCCUCUGGGGGGCCACACUUCCCCCAGGGUUUCAGGGUCUCCUAUUGAAAGCAUCACGUCGCCCUUGCACCAGGGCCCGGGCGGGGCUCCCAUGUCCAGCCUGCGCUUCUUCAGGAGAGACGACAUGGACGAGUCCCUGGAAAGCGACGACGAAGGGUCUCGCGCGAGCAAGGGAAGAAAAAAGAUCAAAAUGGAGUUUAUUAAGGACAAGGGCCGGCGGGGUGUCACCUUCAGCAAGAGAAAGAAGGGCAUCAUGAAGAAGGCCUACGAGCUUAAUGUGCUGACAAAGUGCGAGAUUCUCCUCGUGGUUGCUUCAGAGACGGGACAUGUAUAUACAUUUGCCACACCAAAAUUACAGCCAAUCAUAAAGCAGCACGAGAACCUGAUCCAGCAGUACUUGAAUACGCCGUACAUGAACGAAGUGCACAGAAUCUACGACACUGCGGAGAGGUAUCCUCCCGACACGUCUGGGUACUAUAAGAGCUCGGACUCGUACGGAUACGACAGAACCCCCAGAGGAAGCACAUAUCCCUCUGGGUACUACCACAACGGAUAUGACACAGACAGCUCCCCGGGAAAUGCGGGGUCUCGCCUAUAA